CGAUGUGAAUGCAUUGUCCGAGAUCGAGCUCUCGUCUGACUUGAAUUUUCUUCGCGCAGAGGUGCUCGUGAAGGUCACUUGUUCGACGUAAAUGUGGCUCGUGAAACGGCCGAUCAACGUUUAGCGCGAACGCUCGCUGCGGAAACGAGCGUACCAACGCCACGCCGCGUCUAGCGCCAGAGAAAAUGACGGCUGAUGCUGAUAAAGAUUGCAGCCACUGUUUGGUCUGCAACAGCAAAGUUGGGGUGUCCGCUAGAAAUAGCGUACGCAUCUUCAGCACUUCUUCUGUUACUGCAUCUGGGAAAGGGCUGCUUGAAAUUAUAGCAGCUAUUUUAGAGAUUGAUGUCAGUGAGGACUCUGUUCAUUCCCUUGUGAUCUGUAGAAAAUGUUACAAACUAUUUAAUGAGUUUGAUGAACUUCAAAAUAGAAUAGCAGAAAUUAAGCUGGAUUUGUUUAACAAUUACAAGAAGACAGUAAAGGAACUUUCUGAUAUGUUUCAAAAUGAAGAAGAAUACAAUGAUCAUGAUUAUGCAGACAAUGCUGAAAAUCAAAGUGCUGUUGUAGAGACAAUUGAAAACGAUAAGGAAUACAUAAUACAGGAAGAUGAGCAAGAGGAAGAAGAAUUCAUUGUUGAAACUAAGGAUACUGUAGUUGAUACUGAAGAACUAGUCGAAACAAGAGAUGAUGGUGGUGAUGAUGAUGGUGGUGGUGAUGAUGAUAAUAAAAAGAAAGUGAAAAAAGGCAAAGAAGUCAAUAUAAAACUAGAAUCUAUUCCAGAACAAAUUGUACUUAGAGAUGGUUCGAUGUACACUUGUUUAUUAUGUUUGGACGAAGAGAACAAAGUGAUGGGAGAUGCAAAGACUGUUAUAGCACAUGUAAAAAGCGAGCAUGAGGUUCGUUUGUAUAUUUGCGAUGUGUGUGGGCAAGAUUUUAGAAAGAGAAAUGAACUGUCUUCACAUCUUGACGAUCAUGUGGCAAAGGAGGAGGGUGACUUCCAGUGCGAGGUAUGCAAUCGGAUAUUCAACAAUCUACGAUUAUUUCGGAUUCAUAAAAGAAUACAUUAUCCUCAAGUGAAAUCAUGGUCUUGUGAUGCAUGUGGAAAAAGAUACAGCUCGAAAAACUUGCUCGAUGAACACAUUAACACACACACGGGUGUUCGGCCGUAUGUUUGUGAAACCUGCGGCAAAGACUUUGCUUCCAAAUAUACGUACAAAGCACAUAUAAAAACACACGAAGUACGACCGCGUCCGUUCCAAUGCAGUCGAUGCAACAAAACAUUUUUGAGUCAGCAAAAUCUGAAUCGACACGAAGAGACGCAUAACGGUAUAAAAGGAUACGUGUGUCAUCAAUGUGGUAAGGCUUUUGGUUCUCCUUACAAUUUGGAGGUUCAUAACAUAGUGCAUUCUGGAUAUAAACCUUACAUAUGUAGGACGUGUGGUAAAGCGUUCGCUCGCAAAGCAGAGAUACGCGAUCAUGAGCGUACUCACACGGGUGAGAAACCUUAUCAAUGCGAAUUUUGUGGAGCAACGUUCAGCCAAAGAUCAAACCUCCAAUCGCAUAAACGAGCGACGCAUUACAAUGACAAACGUUACAAGUGCGAUGAAUGUGGCAAAGGCUUCAAGAGAAGAAGAUUGUUGGAUUACCAUAUAAAAGCGGCGCACACUGGCGAAAGACCGUUUAAAUGCGAAAUGUGUUCAGCUAUGUUUGUAUAUCCUGAACACUUCAAGAAGCAUAUGCGUAUACAUACAGGAGAGAAACCGUAUCUCUGUGAAGUAUGUGGUAAAGCGUUUAACAGUAGGGACAACCGAAAUGCACAUAGAUUUAUACACAGCGAUAAAAAGCCGUACGAGUGUUUGGUGUGUGGCAUGGGUUUCAUGAGGAAACCAUUGCUAUAUGCACAUAUGCAAGCUCAGGAUCACUUAAAUGACACAAUAGUUGUGAAUCAACCGCGACUGACGACGGAAGAAAAUCAAGAACUUAUAGCGAAUCAAGUUAUAACACUUCCUGCUGGUGCUAAUGAACUGUUGAUGGAAGAAACUGACAACGGACAGUUGGAAGCUAGCUUGUACGUGACCGAAUUAAAGGACCACGUAAUCAUACAGCAAGAAGGGGACGACCAGAUAUACACAGAGGAAGAUGUACUCAAUAUGCCCGCGGAAGAGAACGUAGAUACGGAAGUGGAUCAUCUUGUUGUCGAGACACAGAUGGAUUUCACGGAGAGUGAGGAUAUUAAAUGUAAAAACGAUACCGAAACAGUGGAGCAUGUCGAGGAAGUGUACAAUUAUAACGAGACCGAGGAGGGUGAGACGAUAGUUGUACCUGCCACUUCUGAGUACAAAGAGAUUGAUGAGAAGAACGUGCGUUUGGUGCAGAUCAGAUUUCCUUCGUCCGGAGAUGGUAGAAGUUGGCUGAGCUUAGUACAAAAUACUUGAAUUGUUUAAUUGACGGAUUUGCACAAAUCCGUAAUGCAGCUUAUUACAAUAAAUUUUGUGGGUUUUGAAUUAGCAAGGAAACGCUAUUUAUAGAUUAUAUGACAAUUCACACUGGAAAGAUUUUCAUAUCUGAAAUACUGAUUCUUUGCUUUUUAUUGAUGCAUAUAUAUGUACAGGGUUGGACAGCUUUCGUAUUCACAUCUUUAUGCAUUGCAUUGAAUAAACCAUAGCUAAUAUAAGUUAUUACUUUUGAUAUAAAUUAAGAUUUGAAAAGCAUAUGUGCAGUUGCAGUGGUAUGCAGUUUGCAAAAUAAAAAUUUUACUCUAUUUAUAAAAGUUCUCUGUUAUAACAUAUAUAUUCCAAUAUAACUCUACCUGCGAACUGUGGAUAGAUUUUUAUUUCUUGUCGAUUAUUUCUUGAGUAGAGAGAGCAAAGUUCUUUUUUACGCUCUAAAGGAGUUUAUUCAGUGAUGCCUAUGAAAGUCUGUGGAUUAGAUUAAAGAGAAAUAUUUUUUUAUCAUAACUCAUUAACGAGUAUAUUACAAGUUAUAACGAGUUAUAAAACAUUUAUAAACACAAAAAUAGAUUGGAAAAAAUUAUAUUUAUAGAUUCUGUUAGUUGGUUUUCAUGAAAUCUGUUUUGAUGGAUAAACUUAAGAAGAUACUAUGUUGUCUGCUAAUUUUAUGCUGGAUUCCGACUUAACGUUUAUAAAUAUUCUGAUUUUCUUUUAAAUAUUGUAUCAACUAAAAAUUGAUUAAAAGAAUGAAUGCUGUCCUGCUCUAUAUAUACGAUAUAUAGUAUAUAUAUACACAUACAUUGUUAUAGUAUAUAUAAUAUUAUAUAUAUUAUAAAAAAUAUAUAUAUAGAAAUAUUAUAUAUACUAUGAAAAGCUCUAUAUAUACAAAUUUUAAUAUAUAUAUAAUAUAAAUAUUAUUGAAAGAGAGGAAAAAUAUAGUCUGUUAUUCAUUAAGGUAAAUAAAGCAAGUUUUGGUUAUAAAAAUGAACGACAAAAAUGCUUAACUACAGUUUAAUAAUUCAUUGCGAUACAGUUCAGUCUAAUAUAUCAUAAUAACAUGAGUUGUAGUUUAAAUGCUGCCAAUUGCUAAAAUACAUUUGUCUUUUUUAUCAUAAACUCUAAUAAUUAAGAGAAAAGUCGAGAUAUUCGGAAAGCAAUCAAUAAUGAUAAAAUGUAAUCUUUAAUAACUUUAAACAAGUUAUGAUAAACAGCACUUGUCUUUCAUUCUUUAGCCGAUAUAAUAUCACAUAUAUAAUAUAUAUACACAUAUUAUUUCAUAUACAUCCUAAAUUUUAUUUUUGUUAAGUAUCAAUUUUUCCAACAACUUCAAACCAUUGCCGUAAAGCGUCACUCAGGACAGCCGGCAAAGUGUCUAUGUUUCUAACAAUCAUAUAGAACGGAAAUGGAAAAUCAUCCAUACACGACCGAAAUUCUAGUAGUUUACUUCCUUGGAACACGGGUUCACGGAUGUCUAAUAUAGAAUGCUGAAAAGAAUAAAAAACCGAGUUAAUUUUAUUAAU